AUGGCGGCCUUCCCUCAGCGCAAGGCCCAGCGGCUGAGGCGGGCGGACGGCAGCAGGAAAGGCGCUUUGGACGAAGGGGUUGUCGCCGUCGUGCAGCUCCUGAACGGGAGAGCCCAGUUCUGCACCACCAGUUCCUGCUCCGGCCGCCUGGUGCUGGCGCAGGGCCGCCCCGCGGAUGUAAACGGCGGGGAGAUCGCCAAGGGGAACUGCACGUGGCUGAUGGUAACGCACGAAUUGUGCAGCAAAGGCGAUGUGAUGACAGCACUAGAGAAAGCCACUGGUGAUGUUGUCCUCAAGUUUGAACCAUUUGUUCUCCAUGUGCUCUGUCAAGAGCUGCGAGAUGCACAGCUUCUGCAUUCAGUGGCUGUCGACUCUGGGUUCAGGAACUCUGGUAUUACAGUUGGCAGGGGAGGAAAAAUUAUGAUGGCUGUCCGGAGCACUCAUUGCUUAGAAGUUCCGUUGAGCCACAAGGGGAAAUUGAUGGUCUCCGAAGAAUAUGUUGAGUUUCUGGUACAUGUAGCUAAUCGGAAAAUGGAAGAAAACAUAAGGCGGAUUGACAGAUUCUACAAACGCUUAGAAUUAGCUUUGAAAACUGCCAGCUCUCCCUCUGAGGAGGUGAAGAAGAAUAGCUCUGUGUACGUUCGCAGAAGAAAGAGAAAGACCGUUCAAGAAACAGACGUACACACCUCUCCGCAGGACCGCAAUGAAGAACUGGAGCCUGAGGAUGAUACAGAAAGCAAUCUUGAUAUUUUUGCUGAAAUCACAAUAUAG